UAAGCGCAAGUUUGGUCUUACCAAAGUAGACCACCAAGGAGCCUCACAAUCUUACCCAUAAAACAAUCACUUUGUGAUGGUAACCGUGUUUGGCUACACAUAGAUCAAUCUGUGCGUCUACUCCUUUGUCAUCUUCUCUUUUCGCAAGUUUCAUUUGUUUGUCCAAUACUGCAACUGACUCAGAUUUGCAUACACUAGCAAACACUCCGUAACUGCCCUGCCUCUUCUUAAUCUAUGACAGCUCCUCUUCGUAUCAAAACCUUUCCCCUAUUCUAUCCCAACCAAAUUAUCCGAGCCCACCUCUCAAAAUCACUUUUUUUGGGUUAGGUACCUCUCAAAAUCACUUGAAAGCCAAGAAAUUAUGUUAUCUUGAUUGAGAUUCAAUUAACAGGGCUGUAUUAAUUUGCUUCAAAGUCUCAUCCUCUCUGUUGAAUUUGCAUAGUUUACCAAUGAUGGCUUCUUCUGUUGCCUCCCCACUUUGUACAUGGCUGGUUGCAGCUUGCAUGUCUGCGUCCUGUGAAAAAGAUCACUUUUUGAAGUUACCAUCGAUUUUUCGAUGUUCGAGAAGGCUGAGUAGGUCUGCAAGAAGAAGAAAAGUGGUGGUGCCUCAGUUCCUAAAUGCGGGUGGUGCUGGUUUGGUUUCUUCGUUUUGCGCUUCUGGAAUCCAAAAUUGGUUGAAUUCUUGUCUUACUUUUGAGCCCUGUGAGGAAUAUUAUAAUUCAGAGGGACUGGCUUCUUCUCUCUCUUGUUUUAGUGAGAAUGCAUUUUCACUUUUCGGGCACAAGGCAGAGCCGGUGACUCGCAGGCAAAGAAGGAUGAAUAGAGCUGCCAUUUCUGGCAAAGCGAUGGCUGUUGCAGUCAAACCACAGAAGGACACCAUAGCAAAGAAGAAAUCUCUUACUGAGAAAAGGAGGAUAGUGGUAACAGGGGUUGGUGUAGUAUCCUCUCUUGGUCAUGAUGCGGAUAUAUUCUAUAGUAAUCUUCUUGAAGGAGUUAGUGGAAUAAGUCAGAUUGAAACUUUUGAUUGUUCUGAAUUUCCAACGAGAAUUGCAGGGGAAAUCAAAGAUUUCUCAGCUGAUGGGUGGGUUGCUCCAAAACUUUGUAAGAGGGCGGACAAGUUCAUGCUUUACAUGCUAACUGCAGGUAAAAAAGCAUUAGCUGAUGGUGGCAUCACAGAAGAUGUCAUGGAGGAAAUUGACAAGGCUAAAUGUGGUGUUUUAAUUGGCUCUGCCCUGGGUGGAAUGAAGGUUUUUAACGAUGCAAUAGAAGCUUUGAGGGUGUCAUACAAGAAGAUGAAUCCUUUUUGUGUACCUUUUGCUACAACCAAUAUGGGGUCUGCAAUGCUUGCAAUGGAUUUGGGAUGGAUGGGCCCAAAUUACUCUAUUUCUACAGCUUGUGCAACAAGCAAUUUCUGUAUGCUAAAUGCAGCGAAUCACAUCAUUAGAGGUGAAGCUGAUAUUAUGCUAUGCGGUGGCUCAGAUUCUGCAAUUAUUCCUAUUGGAUUGGGAGGAUUUGUUGCAUGCAGGGCACUUUCACAGAAGAAUGGUGAUCCAACCAGGGCUUCACGUCCUUGGGAUGUGGACCGUGAUGGAUUUGUUAUGGGGGAAGGAGCUGGCGUGCUACUUCUGGAGGAGUUGGAACAUGCAAAGAGAAGAGAUGCGAAAAUCUAUGCAGAGUUUUUAGGUGGAAGCUUCACUUGUGACGCUUAUCAUAUGAUUGAACCCCAUCCAGAGGGGGCAGGAAUUGUUCUUUGCAUAGAGAAAGCCUUAGCUCAAUCGGGUGUCGCUAGAGAAGAUAUUAAUUAUAUAAAUGCACAUGCAACAUCAACUCCAGCUGGUGAUCUGAAGGAGUUUGAAGCGAUAAUGCGAUGUAUUGGGCGGAAUCCUGAGCUCAAGAUGAACUCUACAAAGUCAAUGGUGGGCCAUCUACUUGGUGCUGCUGGUGCAGUAGAAGCUGUUGCAACAGUUAAGGCCAUACAGACAGGAUGGAUCCAUCCAAAUAUCAAUCUCGAGAAUCCUGACAAAGGCGUGGACACCAGUGUGCUUGUAGGCCCGAAAAAGGAGCAGUUGGAAAUAAAGGUGGCACUAUCCAACUCUUUUGGCUUUGGAGGACACAAUUCUUCCAUUCUCUUUGCUCCUUACAAGCCAGAUGAGGGUGACUGAAGUAUUCUUCCUUAUGACUGGGCAAGUAACUAUCAGUUAUGAAGUCACCCCCACAGAAUGGACUGCUUUUUAUUUUUAUGAAGCAGUCAUUGCUCUUCUUCAGCAUUUUUCUCAUUGGCUAGGAUAUCCUUCCAACUUAAUUUGAUUUCCCUGGAAAGAUUAGUGGCAACUCAUUGUAUGUACGCAGUUGAUACUUCUUUCUUCUUGAAGUUGUGUAUGGUGGCUUGGAGCAAACUGCGGAGUGCUUCCAUUGGAAGCACAAGAAAUGAAAAACUGGAAUUGCAGACAAGCUCAAAAUACAUGAACAAGUCCAUGAAAAUCAGCAAAAAUUUUAAUGGAGUCUUCUAUGACUCGAAAA